ACUAAAUAACUUUGUUUAGUUAAAAUAAAAAUAACUUUAAAAAUAUUUCAAUUGAAAAACGAGCAUAUCAGAAUAUUUAAAAUAAAUGAUGUUAUUUGUGUUUUUAUAAAACGAAACAGUAAAUGUUGAGUUUUAUCAGAAAAUUUUCUUAAAAUAUAGUUUAAAAAAAGUGACAACCAAGUGAUUAUAUAAAACGGGAAGAUAACUUGCAUUUAUUUUAUAUCAAAAAAAUUAAAAAUAAAUAGUGUUUUAAAAAUAUUAAAAUGGAUUCCAAGGUCCAAAAGUUUACACAAAAUCAAACUAAAACAUAUGAAAAUGUUAUUGUUCAACAGAUUGGAGGUAAUAGAAAAAUCCCUAUAUUACCAAAGCCACCACUACUGGAUGAGCCAAAAAUGGUUUCAUCUACUGCAACAUUAACUAAAACUGACAAUCGUGCUGGAAUUGGUAUUGCUUCUAAUACAGCAACCGAAAUUCAAUCUCAGUCUCGUUCUGUGGUAACUUUAGAAAGAGCCAAUCCUGUAGGGAUUUCGUCUAAUGAGAUAACAAAAGUGCAACCAAUUUCGACUCAAGGAUUAUUAUCCAAUGCAUCUUCGUUGGUCAUUAAUUCUACAGGGAACACAAACCAUCAAAAUUUAAUCAAAAUUUUGCCUAAAUUACCAGUAAAAUCCAUACAAAGGUCAUCCAAUGGUAAUUUACUUGUACAAGGUCCGAACAACAAAAUUCUUUCUUUACACUUAAAACCAUCAGCAAUUGUCCCAGCAGUACAAACGGCAACAAAUUCUGGGAAUUCGGUUAUUUUACAUAAUCAUUCCAUAAACACAACCAAUAACAAUAAAAAUAUGCAGCUACUACAGAGUAAAACAACAUCUGAAUCAGUUUCAAAACCUAUGCAGUCAAUAUUAACAACUCCUACGACAGUAUCUAUAAAAAGUACUCCAUUAACAUCACUUCAAGGUCCUUCAAAUAAUGCAAUUUCUACGAAUAUUCCAAUUUUUCCGAAUGCAAAAGUUACAUCUCAAACUAUUAUAAAUCCGAAAAUUUCCAGUACUAAGAAUUCAGAAAUAAUACCCUUGAAACCUGGGAUUGGCCCCGCACGAACUUGUCAGCAAGCAAGUAUAAACGUCACAAGCAAAUUGUUUAAUAAUCAAACUUCUCAUGCAAAAAUUAAUGAAAACGUAAUUGUAAGCUCAAUACAACAAAAACAAACACCAAAUUCUUCACAAAACAAAAGUAAUGUAAUCCCUGUACAAUAUGGUAAAGUGCAAACAACAAAUUCUAUCAAUAUAAAACAAUUACCAAUUACUUCAAAUUCAUCUAUUAUUAAUUCUACCCUUGCUGCGCAAACAUUACCUUGUGCUGAGACGACUCUUUCACUAAAUACUGGACACACUGGAAUAUCGGCCAAGAAAAUAUUAUUGCCAGUUGGAAAAAUCUCGUCAAAUAUAACAAUAUCUAAAGCACCCCUAAAUUCGAGACAUGGACCAAUAGAAGAGCCAUCACCAUCAAUUUCGUUGAUAGAAAAAAGAAAUAUUUUGGCAACCCCGUCAGCUACAGUUUCCAUAUCAACAGCUGCUACACAGAAUUCUCACACAGGUAUAAAAUCCAAUACUUCUCCAAGAAUAAAUAAUACCGGAUCAAGUGUUAUAUCUUCGGAGAUGUUGAAUGCAAUUAAUAAAGACGUUAAUUUGCAUGCAAUAUCGAAAUUAAGCAGAUGUAAUGAAAACAAAACUUUGCCUACGUUUAGUUCUUUGAAUAAUAACGAGGAAAACAUAACUAUUAUAACUCAAUUCAUUCCUGAGCAAAAGUUACAGAAUAUAAUGAGUGACCGUACUAAAAUGGAUAAUUUUCUAGAAAAUCAAACUGUCAAAGAAACUGAACAUUGCAUAAACAUAACAAAUGAUGUGGGUAGUGUUGUUGCAGCACCCGCAGUUGUGAGUGAAACAUUAAGUAAUAUACACCUUGAUCAAGCUCAAAAUAACGUACAACAAAAAACUGAAGGAGGUGAUGAAAUUUGCUCCAAUAUAACAAAUGAUAUCAAAUCUGCUCAGAAUAAUGUUAAAAGCGACUCUAGUGCUGAUACUUCAAUAAAAGAGAAUAUUAAAUUGGAAAAUAAAGAGAACAAAACAAAUAAUGUUGAGAGCUCUGAAAUUUUGCUAGGUCAAACCUCAAGCGAAAUGCAAAAGGAAAAUAGCGGAAAAGCUGGAAACGUGGAAAAAAAUGAUGUUGAUAAUAUGUAUCCAAUAUUAGAUGAAAUCGAAGCUCAAUCUCAUAGGACUCCGCAAAAAUUUGUAAGAACUGGCAGCGGUUCUAGUAAAGUGAAAGUAGCGAAACAACAAAGUUUGUUGAAAAACAAAAAUGUAGAAAUACUGAAACGAAGUCCAAGAACCUUGGGGCGAUCAAAAUCAUUAUCUUGUCGUAACCCAAUAAAAAAAAAGUCUAAAAGAAGGCUUUCAACAACAUCUGAUACCCAAGUUAACGCCAAAAAAGGCACAAAGGAUAAUUUAAUUGAUAGAGUCUUAGAAUUGUUCUCGAAUUCAGAAAAGUUGUCGGAAACCAAUAAAACACCAAAAUCCUCAGAGGAGAAUUUAAAUCAAACUUUAUUGUGCGAAGAGCAAAUAGAAAUUUCACCAAACGUUUCAGGUGAGAGUAAUAGCUCUCCUAACAAUAAUAUUCAUGAUGCAAGCAAGCCGAAAGUAAAAGCGGGAAUGCAUUUUGAGCAAAACGUAGAUUUUAAUAAAAGCAAUAAUCGGCGAAAUGUUGUGGCAGCACAAGAGGAUUUGAAAGUACAAUCAAAACUAACUUCUCUGAUAGACAAUUCUAAUAAAGAAGCUGAAAAAACAAGUAUUAUUUCAAAUGGAGACAAUCCUGCUUUCAUUGAACAAAUAAUGUCAAAUAUUAAGCCAAAUUCAUGUGCUCAAAACGUUGCUGUUCAGAUUAAUGAACUUGCAAAUAUUCUUAAGUGGCGAACUGGAAUUGGUCUUACAAAAGACGCUGGUAUGGCCUUUCGAAUAAAUGAACUCGGUCUAUUGGAAAUUUUCGAAAAGAAUGUAAAUCGAAAUCGUUUAGAUAUAGCAUAUGAAAAACCUAUUUAUCAGAGAGAAAUGCAGUCUCACAAGCUCGAUGAAUGUACGCAACCGGUUUAUUUUUGUAAAGGGUGUAAUUGCCAUGGAGCUGCUGUUGAUUUUUUGGCUCCUGAAUAUUGCAGUCACGAUUGCAUUUCUCAAUUUGAGAAAAAAAAAAUGAGUAAAUCUUCUAAUUUACAACAAAUAUAUAUUAACCAGCAACGACAAAAAAAAUUACGUAAACAAAAAAUGUCGGCUUUACUAAUUGAUUCUUCAACUAGCCUGUUGAGUAGCAACAUAAUUCCGAAAAGAGAGUUCUCUUGGACAUCUUAUUUAAAUGCUUCUAAUGCCGAACCAGCGCCAAUCGAUUUAUUUUUAAAUCCGUUCCCAUGUGGUCCUAACUUGUUUCAAGUGGGAAUGAAGUUAGAGGCAAUCGAUCCCGAAUAUAGCUCGCUGUUUUGUGUUUGUUCUGUAGUAGAAAUAAAAGGAUAUCGAUUAAAAAUUCAUUUCGAUGGAUAUUCAAGCACAUACGAUUUUUGGACUAAUGCAGAUUCAAUGGAUAUAUUUCCACCAGGGUGGUGUAAUAAAACAAAUCGUGCCCUUCAACCGCCAAAAUAUAUGAAUCCAGCAACGUUUAAUUGGUCAACCUAUUUAAUGCAAACGAAAACAAUUCCAGCUCCCAGAAAUUUAUUCACUCAUUUGAAUUCGUCUUCCAAUACUAAUCCAUUCAAAAUUGGAGUACGCUUCGAAGCCGAUGAUUUAAGAAACACAAGAAAAGUAUGUGUGGCUUCCGUGGCAGAUGUUCUUGAUAACAGAAUUUUAGUCCACUUCGAUGGUUGGGAUGAUAGAUAUGACUAUUGGGUAGAUUGUAAUUCACCGUACAUUCACCCAGUUAAUUGGCAUUUACAAAAUAAUUUUGAGAUUGUACCACCUCCAGAUUGGAAAGACAAGUUCGAUUGGCGAACAUAUUUAAAUUCAAUUAAUGGAAUUCCUGCAACUGAAGAUUAUUUUCAAACAAGAGAACCUAUUUCAUUUAAAGUAGGAAUGAAAUUAGAGAUUGUCGAUAAAAAGAAUCCUUCUCUAAUAAGACCGGGCACAGUUAUAAUGACUGACGGAUAUGAAAUUAAAGUAUUAUUUGAUGGCUGGUCAUUAGAUUAUUCUUUUUGGGUAGUAGAUGAUAGCCCUGAUAUUCAUCCAAUUGGAUGGUGUGACGCUACUGGUCACGAAUUAGAGUCACCCCCAGAUUUUGAUAGCUUGCCUUCUAUAUUACCUUGCCCAGUUGUUGGCUGUCGUGGAAUUGGGAACGCGAAACGUUUUGAUAUAGAUUUUCAUGCGACUGAAGAUUCCUGUCCAUACUUAUUGAGCAAUUGGAAGAGAGAAUUAGAAAAACCUGAACGCGUGGAUUACACGGAAAUUAAUAUGAAGGAAAACAUCAGUAGUCAGAAGCGAAAACAUAGCGACACAUGUAAUUGGGAUAUAUCAAAAUAUAAAAAAAUUGAUAAUUCUUUAGAUAGUUUUAAUAUUUCGAAUCAGUUAACAAAUAAUUUAGAUGCUUUAUCAUUAGGAAAUGUGCAUUUACAUCGUUUCCAAAAUCGUCCCGACUCGAAUGAUAAUAUAUUUCCAAUGAAAAAAGAGUAUAAAUCAGAUGAAAAUUUUCAAGACAAAACUGUUUUAGAUCCUAAAAUUGAAAUAACUAAACAUUUAUUAUGUGAUUACGGUCCACGAUUGGAACAGAAUUACAAGCUUUGGCUUAGUUAUGCUCAACAUAUUACUGAAAAAUUAGAUAAGAUAUAUAAAAAUCCAUUACAAUGGAAUGUCGAUGAAGUAUUUAAGUUUUUUAAUAAAAUACCACAAUGCAAAGAAAUCAGCGAAAUAUUUUAUAAAGAAGAUAUUGAUGGAGAAGCGUUAUUAUCUUUGCGACAAAAAGAUUUAACUGACAUUCUAAAAAUUAAAUUAGGAACAGCUAUCAAAGUUCAUAACCUAAUUAUAUUACUGAGGGCGGAAGUAAUUAGUCGUUUUUCAUGAAUAUUCAUCAGUAAUAUUAUUUAUAAUACAAAUUAGUUUUAAGUUUUCUGAUAUCAAGUUGAUUAUUAAUAUUUUUUAGAAUAUAUUGUAUAAUAACAAAAAUUGAUGUAUCUAUGUAUGUAUAUUUUUACUUAUAUUUCGUUAAAACAAAUCAAAAAAUAUUAGUUUCACGGAUAUUUUGUAUUCUAUAUCAUGAUUUAUAACAAUUGUUUUACAAAGUUUUACAUUAGUUUUUGAAGAAUAGUUUUUAAUUUUAGUUUAUUUACAUCUUUUGAAGAGAAGAACACUUCCAAGAGCAUAUUCCUGUAAGAGCAUUUUUCGAAAUAUUUCAAGAAUACAUUUCUCCAAUUAUGUGAAAUAUAUUUUUAAUUGGAGCUUAGAAACGUUUAUCGAAAUUUUCAUUUGUUAUUAACUUAAAAUUUAACAUAUAUUUUUCGUACCAUUACGUGCAAAAUUUUUUUACGAAAACUAUUCGUAAAUUUGAAACUGUUUGAAAAUUGUACAAUUUUUACUUUAACAAUAAUAUUUUGACAUAC